AUGCAAUGGUUUGAGCCUCCGUCCACUCGAGCGCAAGAGCAGGCGUACCUGACGAGUACCACAGCGGAGAAGAUCGUCAAAGUGCCGGAGAUGGCCGAAUCCAUCACCGAGGGCACGCUGAAGCAGUUCUCGAAGCAGGUUGGCGACUACGUGGAGCAGGACGAGGAAAUUGCCACCAUCGAGACAGACAAGAUCGAUGUAUCAGUCAAUGCGCCCGAGGCCGGCACAAUCAAAGAGCUACUUGUCAAGGAGGAAGACACCGUCACAGUAGGGCAAGAUCUAGUAAAGAUGGAACUCGGCGGCGAGCCUUCAGGUGGACAAUCCGAGACGGCCAAGCAGGAGCCCAAGGCGCCCGCAUCAAGUGACCAAGAAACCUCCUCGCAGCCAAAGGGCGGCCAGGAACAGGAAUCCAAGCCCCAGCAGCAGGAGGCCAAGCCAGAGCCUCCCAAGCAGGAAUCCAAGCCGCAACCGCCACAGCAGGAGAAGAAGCCAUCCCCGCCACCGCAGCCAACCAAGCAGGACAAGAAGCCGGACCCGCCAAAGAAGGAAAAGGACGAGCCGAAGAAGAUGGAGCAGCCGUUCGGAACCCGGGAGGAGCGCCGCGUCAAAAUGAACCGCAUGCGUCUGCGGAUCGCCGAGCGCCUAAAGCAGUCCCAGAACACCGCCGCAUCGCUCACCACCUUCAACGAGGUCGAUAUGUCCUCCCUCAUGGAGUUGAGGAAGCUGUACAAGGAUGAGAUUCUCAAGAAGACCGGAGUCAAGCUUGGCUUCAUGAGCGCUUUCUCGCGCGCGUGCGUCUUGGCGAUGAAGGACCUCCCAGCGGUCAACGCGUCCAUUGAGGGACCUGGCGGUGGGGAUACUAUCGUGUACCGGGACUAUGUCGAUAUCAGCGUGGCUGUGGCGACUGAGAAGGGCCUUGUGACGCCUGUCGUACGGAACGCUGAAUCGCUCGAUAUGGUUGGCAUCGAGAAGGCGAUUGCCGAUCUCGGAAAGAAGGCACGCGAUAACAAGCUGACCAUUGAGGAUAUGGCCGGUGGCACCUUCACAAUCUCCAAUGGAGGUGUGUUUGGCUCAUUGAUGGGCACGCCUAUCAUUAACCUACCGCAAACCGCUGUGCUCGGCCUGCACGCGAUCAAAGAAAAACCUAUUGCUAUUAACGGCAAAGUCGAGAUCCGACCUAUGAUGUACCUCGCUCUCACGUAUGACCACCGCCUUCUGGAUGGCAGGGAAGCAGUCACGUUCUUAGUGAAGGUCAAGGAGUACAUUGAGGACCCGCGCCGCAUGCUGCUCGGUUAA